AUGUACUUGAGGGUAUCCAUAGGAGGGAAUGCUAGAAAGAGAUCGAAUUGUCCAACAACCAAGAGUAUGAUGAAGAUCAUGACAGCUCAGGGUGAGCAUAUCGGAGUUCAUAACAAGUGGGCAUUGCUUGGAAUUGCCAAUGUCAAAUUGCGCAUUAGGAGUACAGAAAAAGACAAGGAAAGGGGUGGAGCAAGGACUGCAGAGACAUUCAUCCCUCUGAAGGAUGGCCGAGGAAGGGGGGAGGAUGACAAUGAUGAUUACCAGGAUGACGAUGGUGAGUGGGAGCUGCAUGAUUCGGCUCCAACACCGCGAUCAGAGACGGAAGAAGACUUCACCACCAUCCAACGAAGCGCAAGCGACAGCCUCUCGGCAUACGACAGCUUGAUCCGCACCCCUCGGCGGCUCUCACGAUUCCGCUCAGCAGGCCAUCACCCGGCAAGAUCAGGCCGAUGGAAUGCUCCCAAGAUCGAUCUCAACUCGUCUCCCAGGAAUUCGAGCCCGAACGAGGCAUCGUUCGGUAGGGCACAAACGUCGCCAUCGCUGAUAACAAGGCUCUCCAGCAGUCCUUUCCGAGCCACAUUCCUAAGGAAACGGAUCCCGGCAAAACCUCUCCAUCCUCCUCCCUUGGAUUCUUUCGAGGACAAGGAGGAGGACAACGUGCCAGACAGCAUCGUUGCAGAGGCUGAAAUAGUGAUCAAUGCAGCUGAAAAUUUCCUUCGCUCCAUUCCAGCGAGCAUCCAGACGUUUGAAAGGGUGCUGUCGGAGCUGGGCAGCGCCCUGGAGGGGGGAGGCAGCCAAGGGGCCGACAGAGACCUGCUGAUGCAGAAAGAGCAGACGAUCAGAGACAGGAUACAGCAUUGCGGGACAGCCGAGGUUGAAAUCAACAAUGUGAAGACAUGGCUGCGCGAUCAGAUCUCGAACCGCACCAUCGUGCCGAACCUCUUUCGAGCGAACAUUCAGCGCCUGUCGAACAUGAUCGAGAUCGCGCAGAAGAAUUUGACUUCCCCCGCUGAUGAGGUGCUUGUUGUCACUGUAGAGGGGACCGGGCCGCUCGACGCUGUCGAGGAGAUCGACAAGGUUUGUGUGCUAGUUUCUGUGGUGAACAGAGCUACGGGGGUGUUCCUGAAGAAGAGCAGGACGCUAAGUACUGUGAUUCAGAGGUAUGAGAAACGAGCCGUCCUCGAUGUGAAGUACUCUAGGGAUUCCAAGAGCCGGCAGAUCCAGUAUCGGCCGACGGCAGAAGGAUAUUCGUAUAUACUCCCAUGCCUGACGCAGCCGUCCGACGUCGGCAACGAGAGCUACGUCCUGCCUUCUGGGUCCUCCAUGCCUUCAAAGUACCGUCCGGCCUGGAAUGAAGAAUUCCUGUACGACGAAGAGGUGGAGCAUCUGCUGGGAGAAGACGUCGUCUUCUUCUUCGAGAUCAUCGACCUCGUCGACACCUCCCGCUCGUCUCUGCCGCAAGGGCAACGUCCUUGGAACCGAAUCGCGUGGGCGUUCUAUCGGCCGAGCAACCUGGCAUCCGAGCAGGACCAGGGCGUGAGGAGGAAGUCUGCUGGGAAGGAGAGGCCCAGCUCUCUUGCGAGGUCCCUUGGGAAGUCUCUAGAUCUCCAGCUCUACAGAUACUCUUGGCCCUGGCUGUCAAGAACUUGGAGGGGUCUGACAGGAUCGCCGUCCCCAGCAGCCGCUGACUUCAACAGCCAGUGCGUUGCCUACAGGUCCUGGAGUCGGGGAAAGCCUUCCGGGCCCCGGCCCUCCUGGAAGCCGUACCCGAGUACCCUCUCAGUAACCUUCGAGAGGAUCGCUCGGCCCGUCCUCGAGAUCGUCCCCAGGAGCAUCCCAGCCGACGUCUCAGUCCGUGAAGUCACCCUGACAAACUUCUUUGCGGUCUCCGGCGUCAGCCUGCACGUGCGGGCGACCGAGGCCCUGUGGAAGGGCGACGAAGUUCAGAUCGCUUUUCCCGACAGUCGCUGGGUGGGGAGGCUCACUGGAGCUUCGACGAGCCCACAGGGGACGCUACGAGGCCUCGGGAGCGGAAAGGAGGGAGUACUUAGGGUCCAGCGCUCGCUGGGGAGGGAGCCAGCGUUUGAGAUCCGGUUGACCAUUGAAGUUGUCCUGCACUACGUGAUGAAGCAUCCGAGCAAGCUCCGAGUCCACGUGGAGGUGACGAGGACGAGGUCGUCCAUGCCCUGGCAGCUGGAGCAGGAGAGCACUAUGGCGGGGGAGCAUGACUCUGUGACGAGGAUGCGGAGGAGCGCGCAGCUCAAGACUGAAGAUGACAAGCAGCCAGCUGACCCCAAGAUACACGACCUUCUUAGAGCAAGGCUGGACAAGGCUUCCCGUCAGGGCAACUGGUGUAGAGUCCCUGAGAGGGUCAGGUCUUCGCUCGCGACAGGGGCCGGCGGCUGUUCUUGUGUCGAGUUCUGCUCGUCGGCGAACCUCGUGGCAGUGGCGAUGUGCAAUGAUCACGUGUCUUCUCCUCUCAACAUCUACGACACGUCCAAUGGAGAUCUCCUCAGACGGCUGGACGCUCAUCGAGGGAUUGUCUACUGCCUUGAAUGGUCUACCGUGAAGCUUGCAGGAGCUACAACCCAUGUGCUUCUCUCUUCCAGUGCGGACAGGACGGUGAAGGUCUGGAACGUCAGGAGCGGCGAGGUGCUAGCGACUCUCUACCACCCGGACUUCGUCUACUCAUCAUCCUUCCUCCGCUUCCCUCCUCGAGCUCCCGCCUCCUCUCCUGCCGCUACUGCUGACGAUGCUGCUGCAUCGGUGGACUCGACGGAGCUCCCGGCUGCUGUUGGAAGUGACGGAGGGGAGGACGGGCUGCAUGUAGUGACGGCCGGGUACGAGGGGAGGGUGAAGGUAUGGAACGUGUGCUACGAGAGCAGGGGGGAGGCUCUGCCGGUAGUAGGAGAGUUCAGCACGGUGGUCAAGGCAGACCUGCUGUAUGCUGAGAAGAGGAACGUCGACAACUGCCUGCUGGUGGUCUUGUUCGACGCCCGGCAAGAGUUUGAGGAGGAUGACUGCUUCGUUGUCUACCUGCCAGGGUUCGAGCUCGCGCCCGACGCUGCUUCCCAGGAGCAGGCGGCUCCUGCGGAGUUCAAGAGCGUGGUGAACAGAGAUGGGUGGGCUAUGGACUACGAGAACGAGGAGUGGUGCUGCGAGCAGGGCAGCUUCCCCUUCCCUCUAGCCAAGAGCGACGCGCCCCUGCUCAUCAGGGCGGAGGCUGCGACCUCGGGCGUGUUCCUGCAUGUGAGGAUAGCGAGCAAGGUUCCUGCAACCCAGCCCUUCGCCAUUCUCGUCCCUGAGGGCUCGGGCGUGUGUCCUCCCUGGGACGAUCAGGAGGACGAGGGGCUGGCCCAGUCUGUGGACACGUCGCUGCGAGGAAGAGGACAGAACAAGGUAGAGGACGAGGACGAGUACGAGUACGAGGACGAGGACGAGGACGAGGACGAGGACGAGGAGUUCUGGCAGGCAGUAUGGAAGGAGAUGCAAACUCCCCGUGCUCUGCACGAGCUCCGUCGUCGCUGGACAGCCUUGAAGGCAAGGCGUCCUCGCGGCGCGGUGAAGCCUCAGCAGUGCCUGCUCGUCUUGCCCAGAGUCGCGCCGAGGCCUUGGAGGGCUGACGUCACGGCCAGCGAGACCGCCCACGUGUGGGAAGAGGAGAGGGUCCCGGACGACGUGACCAUCUCGUUCGUACCCAUGGUGGACCUGCACCCCUCCGACCAUCUCACUGUCUUCCUCCCUGGGUUCCGCAGCCUCGACACUCACUUGGGGACGAGGACGAAGCAUGGCGAGCGAGUGGCCGUCACGACUUACCACGGCGUCUCCUCCAGGUCCUCCUUCCACCUCAUCCCUUGCGCUCUGUUCUUCUGCCCCGACCUCUCCCUCUCCCUCCUCCGCAUUGCAGUCAGGUCGCACAUCAAGGCAGGGGAGGACGUUAGCUUCACCCUCUACGACCUUUUCCAAGGCUCCCACCGCGACUGUGGCAUCGUCGUCCCCACUGGGUCGAUCCCCGGCAGGGCCCUUCACUCCAGCCACGAGGUCGGCUUCAGCGUUAGGCUCGAACUCUCCCCCUCCCUCUCCCUCUCCUUCCGCCUUAACUCCAUCCUGAGGAGGCAGGACGAGCUGGCCGUCUGGCUGCCGGAGGACGUCGGGUACGGAGCAGCGUCCGACCUGCUCGUCCUCAACAUGUGCGACGCAGCUGUCAUCUCCGAGGACCUCGACGACUAUCGCCAGCUCGUCGCUAGCAGCCAUGACGUGUGGGGGAGGGCGACGCUGGACGGGGAGGCGAGGGUGUUACGGAUCACAGCUGGGAAGGCCGCUGAGGAGGGAUCGCUAAUGCUGCUGUCUCUCCCAAGCAUCCAGCCGCUGCCCGGCUCCGACUACCUGCGGUACAUCCCCCUGUUCCUCCUAGACCGAGAGCCUGCGAGCAUGAACGUCAAGUUGAAGAGCAACCCCUGGGUGGAGGAUGGAGAGCUCGUAGCUACCAUCAGCCUCCACAGCUCCCCCGUCAACUCCCUCUGCGUUCCAGCCAGAAGCUUCUCCGACCGCCGUCGGCUCAUUACGGGAGAUUCGGAUGGGGUCAUUUGCAUGUGGGACAUUGGAAGGGUGUUGGGCGAGGAGGAGAAGUUCGUCCUGGACCUGCGGCCAGUGGACGUCUCAAGGCUCUUCGACCGGCAAGGGUUGAAGACGAAAGAGGAGGAGGAAGAGAUCGACGAAGCCAAGGCUUCGUCUCAUGGCUACUCUAUCGCCAGCAUCCGAUCGGAUCAGCGCGGCAGAAAGCUCGCCGUGCUCACAGCAGACAGCAUGGUCAGGGUCUUUGAUCUCUCGAACUUGCAACUCCUCUGGAGCUUCGGUGGAUUUCUCUGCCAGCGACCCAGCGCUUGCAUCAAGUGA